AUGUGUAUGGGUGAGAUUUAUCAUACCACGUUGGGACACUUCUAUGGGUCCACAGCGAUAUUCAAAAAUAAUUCACUGGCAGUAGGUUUAAGGCAUGACUACUGGAGCGAAUCAAGCCCAACGCCUUUCGCCUCCACCUCACCAAGGGUUAUUAUGCUUGCCCCGGUGUCGUUCUGCAUCAGCUGGACGCGAACAACCACAUCACCAGCUCAGCCCGAACUGACCGAUGUCCGCCCCAGAAGGGAAGCAGAUAAGCACAGGCAAACAGUGGUCAAAGACCUCUCUAGUCUCUAA